AGUAGUACUAGAUCUAGUACAGUAGUAGUAGUAGUAGUAGAUCUAUUAGAUUAUUUUAGAUCUAUUAUGAUUAUCUAGAUUAUAAUUAUUAGGAAAUUACAUCAUCUAUCUUAAGAUUUUAGAUUUAGGUCUAGACUACUCUACUAGACUAGAGAGUACUCUAGUCACUCUAGACUUGACUACUCUAGAUUCUAGUCUAUAGUAGAUUCUUAUACCUGAACACCGACUUACGGGAACUAGGUCAAAUUUUUAUUUUAUUUUUUUAUUUGGUGAAGGUUUAACUUACAAAAAAACUGAAAGCAGAUUCUUAUUCUGCAACUAAAGGACUAUAAAAAUAGCUGUAUUCAUUUGAAUUACCACUCAUAGUCAAGAUUUUAUUUUAAAAUACAGUGGGUCACUUCAUGCUCCUAUAAAAGCUAUAUUGAACGCAGUUUUUGGGCUUUCUCCUGACUUGGACAGUGACUGUGAGUGAGCACCGUCAUUGUACACCACUAUAGUCUAGACUAGACUUGUCUUUACAAACAAUGCAAAAUAAUAAAGAUCAACCUUGUGCAGAAAAUUUGCAGAGCACCUCAUUCAAAAAGCUAAAUGAUGCUGUUGAAAAAUCUAUAAAAAGGAUAACAUCAAAAAGCAGGGGGAAGGCAUACUUAGAAGAGCAUUUCAAAGAUGUACUUGAAAAAGACAGAAAAUAUUUUGUUCCAAUGUUUGAAUCUAUGUUAGUUGAACUGGAAACCUUGCUGAAGGAAGAAAUUCAGAUGCAACUAGAAGCCAGUAAUGUUGAAAAACGACUGAAGGAAGUAGACAGAAUCAAAUUGGAAUAUGGACCAUCCAGUGAAACAAAAUGGAGGCCAAGUGGUUCCCCAAAGGAUGAUAUAAAAGCACAUUUAGUUGAUAUUGAUGAUGUAGAGCUUAAUAAAUUGGGGAAAAUUCUCAAUACACUAGAAUCUCAAAAUAAAUUUCUCAGCGAAUGUGUUUUAAAAACAGAUGAAAAAAUUCAGCAGACAGUGCAGGUGAUCAAAGAAUAUUGUUCUUCUUGGGAGGAGGCUGCUUCAGAGAUUUCACAAGAGACAAGAUCCAAACUUACAAAAAAUGCAUAAAAGUUGAACAGACCAAGUAUCUAUACAAGCAUUCCCAUUGAGUCAGUAGUUUUGUACGGGAGUGCAAUUUAUAGAUUUUUGUUCUAUAAAAUGAAGUGACAGUUUGCUUGAGCACUGGGCCUUGUGAAAGUUUUGUGGUGGACCUCUUGACUGAGUUAGAGAGCCAUAAACUACAUGAUUAACUAGAAUUCUAAAAUGUUAUUGGUUCAAAGGCAAGACUGGCUGUAAGGUGAAGCUCAAGGCUAUGUAAAUGCACUCAUAUAAUUUAUAAAUAUGUGAUACUGCUAAUACAUUGGGUUUACUUGUACAACAUGGUAGAGUGCUGUAUGGUUACAUGGUAGAGCUUAAGUUAGUCUUAUGAACGAAAUUAUCUUUUAUAUUUAAAACUAUUCAAAUGUCUGUUUUAGUGCAUUUUUACUACCGGUAUAAAAAAAACUUACUUUUUUUUGGCAUUGUUUAACAUUGUUGCAAUGUGUUGAUCAAUUCAAUCAAUUUAUUAUACUCUUGUGUUAUUUUAGAAAUCUCAAAACUUAUCAAUGGUAACCAACUGGUUUUUAAACUUAGUUAAAUUUACUGUUCCUGGCGUUCAUCUUUUUCUUAUUCGCUAUCUGGAAGUGAAUAUCUUUUCCUCUUGAAUCUUUUUGGCACAGUGGUUGUUAAUUCAUCGCCAUCCUCAGAACUGUCUUCUUUUAAAUAUUCCCCAAAAGUUUGAGAUGCACUGUCACCAUUGUCAUUGUCUUCAUUGUUUUCCUCUGGAUCCUUAAGGGGUGUGCUCAACUGGUAUACAUGAGAUACUGGUAAGUUUGUUUGUUUCUGUUCUUCAUCACUGGAAUCAACUUGAGUGAUUCGUGAGUAGUAAUUGCGAAUUCUGUGCUAAAUAUGUAAAAACAUAUAAGCAUCUUUAAAGCAAAACAAAAUUUAACUUUUUUUUUUUUUUUAAACAAAUUUUUAGGGAAAAAUAUAUAAAGUACUGAUUAUUUGUUGAAAUGCUUUCAAACAAGCUGAUAACAAGCAAUAUUAGAAAGUCUUUUUUAAAAAGAGCUUUCCCCUUUACAAAAUUUAUCUUCAUUUUUUGUAAGAGCUAUUACUUUGCUCUUAAAAAGUCAACAUUAAAAGACAGUAAUUAAGACUAGAUUACUGAAUCUAGAUACAUGGUUUUCGACAGUGAUGGGCAAACUAUGGCCUGCGGGCCAAGGCUGGUGCAAGGAGAAGUUUCAUCUGACUCAAAUUUUGUAAAAGCCUAAUAAUAAAAAUACAAUGAAAAAAAAUACACUUUAAAUACGAAUUGAAACAUUGAAGAGAUAUUGCAACAAAAAAGUAUGUCUGAUUUGCUAUGAAUCCAUGUCAUUUCAUAAAGACUGCAAUAUAUUCAGAUACUUCAGUUCCAACUAAACAAAAUAACAAUCUUUAUGACAGAUGAUGAAAGAAAACAAAAAUUACUCAUCAAAAUUUUUUUCAUAAGUUUAUAGUUUUCAGAAAGCCGCAACACAUGCAAGUUAUAUUGUGUAUUGCUAAAAGUAAUAAAACAUGUUCUGAUGUCAACUUUGUUAAGUAAUGCAGGAUUCAAGUUUUAUGUCAUUUUAAGAAAAAGAAUUUUGAAACUAAGUUUAUCUAGAGUUGAAUUAAUACAUAAAAAUUGUCUAUCACAGUUAACCACAACAUUCUGCUCCAAUAAUAUGAACGAAAAAUGAAUAUUAUGAAAGAGCUCUAAAUGUGAUAGAGAAAAUAUCCGGGAUUUUCAAUCAAAACUACCUUGAGAUCAAUGUUGUUUCCCUAAAAUGCAUCAUACAUUUGAGACGUUUUCUUUAAAAAUUGCCUUAAAUAUAAAAAAAAAUCAUUUUCAAUGUAAUAGUAAAGCUUGUAAAUAAUAUUUACCCACAUGGUCUUACAGACUAUUACUAGAACUCCUAAAUUCUAUGCAAUCUGAAUAAACGAAAGUAGUUAGGCUUAAUACAGGAUGUGUUUUUGAGCGAGUAGGGGAACUAACAAAAUGAAAUAGUCUUUCUUCCAUGAAAAAGUUGGUCUGCAGAAAUAUUCUGCAUUUUCACAGAUCUUUUGUCUCAUGAACAAAUCAAAUAUUAAGAUACAGGGAAAAUUAAUUUAUUAACAAUAUCUUUGGCCACCUUAAAGGGUUCAAACAACUUAUUCUGUUUACAAAUCAGCUAGCUAAAAACGACUUGUGAAGGAAGACAAACUUCGGUAUUACGAAUAUAAUAUGAUUUUUCAUGGCGAAUUUUAAAAAAGAUGUUUUAUUUUGUAUUCUAAGGUAGUAAAACCAGACUUGUAACUUGAUUUAAUUCAACUUCAAUCUUAUAAUCAUCUCAAACAUUUUUUUCUUUAAGGAUCUUGCUGAAAUCCUGUUUUCCAGAUGUAAUUUCUCAUUAUCUAAGAAUUUAUGCAAUGUUUGCAUCUUCAUAAAUUUAUGAGCAGGCUACUAAAAUCUGUUUCAUAAAUAGCUUGACGAAGAGACCUCCAUUCACUUUUAAGAAUAACUAUCUCUAUGAAACUAAUUCUGAUGAACUAUUAUCAAAACACUUGCAUUUUGAAUUCAUAGGCCUACAUAGCAUUAGCUUAAUUUUUAUAGACUUAGAUUUCCUAUAAAAUUUCUGUAUUUUUUUUUUUUUUCAUUAUGGCCUGCCAAAAUUUGUCUUUUAAGUUUUUGGCUCACUCCUAAAAAAGUUUGCCCGUCACUGGUAUAGAAGAUUCUAGAUUAGUGAUAGUCCUAUAGAUCCAGACUUAGAAGAAUGUUUUAAACAUCUAUUUAUAUAUCACCUCUUAAAUGAAUAUAUGCUGGAAUACCUGCUAACAUUUGUAUUUCUAGACCUCCUAAUCAAAUUUUAUUAUUAGAUUAUAUUUUUAAAAAUUAUAAUGGUCAAACCAGAGUUUUCCCUUUGUGGCCACAUAUAUAAAUUGUCAAAUUUCUAGGAAAAUUGUUACAUCCGUUUUUGAGAUCCCUGUCCACACCUACCCAGGUUAUUUUUUUUUUAAUUAAUGAAGAAUUGUCAAGCUGAUAAGUGGAAGAGUAAAAAUAUGCCCAAGAUUGAUAUAGAACAUAAUAGCUGGAGUUUAUUCAAGGAAAUGUAAUAGCCAGUGUAUUCUUUUUUUAUAUAAAGGAAAAUGUAAAGUUGUGCCAUACAAUUUGUGAAUUAUUUCUUUUUCCUUUCAUUAAUAACAUAAUCCUCCAUGUGUUAGUUCUUUUAUGUUUGGAGUUUUUUAAAAAUUUUAAUCACAUAAAUAGAUGUUAUUUUAAGUUUAAAAGAAAAUUAUAUAAAUGAUUGCCUUUUUAUUUGACGUUCCAGAAUGUGUUUUUAUAUCUUCUUCUGAGAAACUUUCAGUUGAUGACAUGCUGUCGCUUGUAUCUUCAUAAUCAUCAAAAUUAUAAUCACUGUAUCUGAAAAAUAUAUUAUAUACUUAAAUAUGAAAGAAAUCUAUACAAUUUUAUACAUUUAAUUUUUUUAGCAGAUUUACAAGGCAAGUCAUGUAUCAUAUUUUUUUUACAUUUUUGUUAAGUUGUUAACAUUCUUUUUUGGUGUUAGGCUUUUUAAACUAGAACUUCCUUCUACAGUUGGUAUUUUUUUCCAGAUUUCAUCUCUUGAUGGAAGUUGAAACUUUGGUUUCUUUUGUUUUUGAGAAAUUCUUGAUGACUUUCUGUUUAUCUGCAACAUUAAAUUAAUUUUAAUAUUAAAAAUAUCUUUAAAUUAAGAUAACUGUGGUAAGGUAACAACUUAAUAGCACAUGCAAAAAAAAAAAGUGUAUGUUAGUAUAUAUAUAUAUAUAUACAUAUAUAUAAAAGAGUCACUAUUACAAAACAGUUUGCUGCUACUUAUAGUUUUCAUUUUUUCUUUUGCUUCCUAAUGGUUAGACCUACAGAAAAAAUAGCUAUGCAUUGCCCAUCCAUUUUCCAAUAAAAAUAGAUGCAUUGCUUUUUUUUUUUUUGCAACUCAUUUAAAUUUUACAUUUAAAUUCACUGUGAUAGGGUGAGUCACAGUUACGAAAUAGGAUUUUUUAAGAAUUCACAAUUGCAGAACACUGUAAAAAUGUCAGAACAAAGCUUAUGUAAAACACAUAUUUCAUUAGACUUAUAAUAAUACUAUAAUAAAACUAUUCUUUACAGUAGUUUUAUUUUUAUUAAAGCUUAAGACACAUAUUGUCACUGUUAGGUUCUUUACCUCUUCUUUAAUUGUCAUUGACAUCACACUACCUUUAUUUUCCUUCUUCAAAACUUCUCCAAAGAACUCUAUAGAUUAAUCCCAGCGUCUUGAGAGAGUUUGUUUAAUAGAGCCCGCUUCUUAUGACUAAAUGAAAGCCUGGUCAAGGUUUUGCAAUAAGGAUGGUAGCAGGAAUAAAGGUGUCUCUAAAACAUGAAUAGAAAUGGUAGUAGUUAUAUCCAACCCUUUUCUGAAAUCCGUAAUAAGGCAUCAGGGAAGUCUUGCAGAUUUUUACAUGGAAUCCUUUAGUAGGGAUAAAUUAAUAAAGGUGGUUAUACUGUCUUUCUGCACUUAUACACGUUAGCACCAUCACCUGUUUUACAGCCUGAGGUAACCAUGUUUUAGGCUUACAUGUUUACUGCCUUUACAUGCAAUAACCCUCCAUCUUUUCUGGUGAAAUAUAAAUCCGCUUUUAAUCAUCAAUGAAGAUGCGGGGUGGAUCAUUUAAUAGACAAGACACAAUCCUGUCGAUCUAGUCUUGAAGCUCUAGGAGCCAUUUUUCUACAUCAGUACAUGAAAUAACGGCUCUUUUCUUGCCCAGACUCAAAGGGCUUUGUGUUUCUUUUAUAGAAACCAUACAGCCAUUGUUUUGUUGGUGCCUUAUGAUGGCUUUGAGUUGUAGGAUCUCUUGACCUUUAAUGUCUCUUGAACUUUAGAAUUUGCUUUUCCAAACCCAUGGUGAUAGACAAGAUAGAUAAGCCAAUUUUUAAAAAAUUUCUUGUCCUCAUCCAGAGCCAAAAGUUUCUUUCGUGAAAUGAUGGGAUGCCUCCCACAAAAUUUAAAUUAUUAGGGAGGGUGGCUACUGGUAUAUUGAAGUUCCUAGAUGCUUGUCUAAAUGAAAUUUCCUUUAAAGCAGCAUUUAUAUUUAUCUGGGUCGUGAUGCCUCUUAGAUCCAACUAUCUUUUUUAUUGACGAUAAAGCUGAAGCCAUAUUAUGGCAAUUUGCAUAAUGGAAUCUAGCUGGAAAUAAUUUAUAGGCUAAGGAAAAACAUUAGUCACAUUUGGUAAUAGCUAGGUUAGCUUUACAAGAAAUGUCAAUGACCUAAACAGGAUAGAAGGAAGGACAAAUCCUUUAACGGAUGAUAGUUUAAAAAACCAAACAUAUAAAUAUUUAAAAAAAAAAAAAAAUAGACAAA